ACUAGGUCAGAGGCUACGUGACGUGUGUGACUCACCACUAACUGUGACAACAGAAAAACAGAUGCCGGUUGGCGGGAGUGGAACAGCAGCUCCAGGCCAGAAGGGACUUGCCACUGGAACAUCGUAGUCCUGAGCUGAUGUAAGAAACAUGGCAACUUCGAAUGAAAGCAUGGAGAACAUCAUGGAGAGGAUGGGCAGCCUUCCUUUGGUCAACACAACUGUUCACCAGGUCUCAGCCCUCUACUCCAACACUAAGGAAUGUUGGUGGGUGGCCAGGUGCACCCUAGGUUUGGCUGAAAAGUCUCUACAGAUGGCAGCCUGGACAGCAAAGCCAGUGGCGGAGAGAAUGGGGAUGGACGUUGAUGGCACUGUGGCCAUGGCCAGUCAGUAUGCCUGCCGUGGGCUAGAUGUUCUAGAGGAGAAGGUACCACUUCUCAAGAAACAACCAGGAGAGAUUGUUGAGGAAACCAAGAAAGCUGUGGAUAGCAAAGUGCAGGCUGGGAGCCAACGUCUCCUGCAGACCAGCUUAGGGCAGAUGAUGUGGUGGACAACUGACACGGCACUGGACAUCACUGAGAGAUGUGUGGAGUACUACCUUCCCAACAAACAGAAAGAUGGUGAGAUGGAGGAGGAGGAAGUACAUGUGCUUAAGAAUGCAGAGACAGAAAAGUCCCUUCUGGUGAGGGCCUCAACCCUGACAGAGAAGGUGCACCGGAGGCUGAGUGAAGGAGCUAGUAUAAGGAUGCGGUCAGUACAGAGAUGUGGCAGAGAGCUGCUAGACACCCUCAGGGACAUGCUGGAACUGAUUGAGCGCACGAAGGGUAAAGACAAUAUGGAGGUACAGGACCACCUGAUGUUGGUUCCCAAGCCAGUAUGUCAGGAGCCUGACAAGGACGAGGACACACAGAGUCUGGAGAGACAGAGCCUGGUGGUGGUGACCAGCUUGCUGCAGGAGGUUCGGUCCAUCUGCAGCCUGAUGGUGCUGCAGGUGUGGGCACUGCCGCAGCACCUGCAGGACAACAUCACACAGGCCAAGGCCAUGGCCGAUCAGUUAUAUGACAACUUCUGUAAGCGCCUCAGUGGAGGGGAGGCAUUGCCAGGGCUCGGGUGCCUGCACUGCCAGAUCCAUAGAGUGAGCAACACGUUGGUGUCCCUGACUGAUUUCAUCUGGACGCUCCCACCCUUCCCCUGGCUGUACAGCGUGUACGUGCUAGUCAGACUGGGGAAAGCCAUCAUGGCUGUGGCCUUGUACCAGAGAUAUGUUCUGUUUUUCCACGAGAAGUACCUACUUUGCCAGGAAAAGUAUCUGUUGUUCCUUCCAGGCACCAUCAGGCAUCAGGCGGAGGCCUUCGCUGACCUCCCAGGUAACCUGCUCGGCCUGGCUCGUGCCCAGCUCGACACAGUUUCCGACACGUUGCUAACGGUGACAGAGUACAUGCUCAACCUGGCCCCCCUCCAGUGGCUGAUUCCAGACGUGUGCUUGGUCGACCUCGAAAAUAUAGACUUUGGCUUUGACGAAAUAUUUGAGGAUUUGGAACUCAAUGACGGAGGUGGCGGGGUGUACGUGCCAUACUUCCAUCCCAGGAGACCUAUACAUGGAGCAUGAUGGGAAGGGACAAUCCCCAGGACAUGCUGAUGUGGAAAGUGUUGUAAAGCCGUACAUGUAGAAUAAGACAUGACUGAACAGAUAAAAUCUGUGAAGUCUGCACUGUGCCAGCUUCUCACUCACUCCAACUCAAAGGACACCAAGUGCCCAGGGAGGAUGCCUUCUUCAGCUAGUGAUGAAUUUGAACAUUCCUAAAAUCAUUUUCAUCAGAGAAAUAGGAACCAAAUGUUAUAACCGGAACAUCCUUCCUUAUCUUUGUUUCUGCUUGCUUUGUACACAAACAAGCUGCAGUUUCAAACCAACCCAUAUAAUGAAACAUUUCUCCUUGCCAGUUCCUGACUUUUAAAAAUUUAAUGUUAACUUAAGUGCUGUAUGUCAAAUGUAAAGUUUUCAAUCAUUCCAAUUUGUACUUUUUUAUGGGUUUCUAAAAUGAUUGUAUUUGUACAUGUACAGGUUAUGUCCCAGGUGCACCGGCAAGCAUAAGUGCAUGUCAUAGCUUA